GGCAGUUCUGCUUCAGGUCGCUGGCAGCAGCCUCCGAGUGACAAGCUGUUUGAUUUUAAUCCUCCACAUUCUUUGCUGUACCAUAACCCCUUUAGCCGGAUGGGGCUAUUCUCCCCGCCGCUGCUGAUGUCAGACACACACUUGGUCUCUCACUUAGCCCCGGCUGGAGCUUACUGCAGGCUGCGGCGGGGACUCUCCAGUCCAAGUCCAGGUGGAUACAAACUCCCAGGCACGCACCGAAUCCCGGGAAGAGAGAAAGGGGAGGGGGAGGCGUGGAAAAAAUAAAAAAGGUAGCUCCUUCCCGCCCUCCCCUUCUCAGAAACAGAGGUUGGGGAACCUAGAAGCAAGGCAUUGCUGAGCGGGGAUUGUUCUUCCUUUCCACCCCAGCUUUAGCGAAACCGGGAGUUGUCUUAGGAGGGGACUGGAAAUCUUGUUUACCGCCCGAGGAGGAAAAUAUAUCAAGCCUUUGUCUGGUGAAGUCAGCAUCUCUCUUCUCUCUUCAGCUGCAAUGGGCUUCUGGUGACAUUAACAUUUGGGAAGACUGAAGAAAAGGAGUGGGGGGCGGGAAGCGGUGGAUUGGUGGAUUUGGUUUUUGGAGGGGAAGGGGGGGCCCUUUAUGCAUUAAUUUAAAUUCGAAAAUUUUCUAUUUCCUUCUCCCUCCUUUCUCAGUGUCGGGCAGGUCUUGAUCUCAAUCGCUCCCUUUUACAGUUCGGGCUGCUAAUCCCGAGCUAUUUCGAGCGGGUCUCGCUCCCUUUGUGAUUUUGUACACAUAGCGCUGUGAAGGAGGGGUGGGGUGGGGGGAUCUCUUAGAAGGGGGAAAAAAGGGAGGGGAAAACCCACGAACCCAAACCUUGACAUGCUCUCAGCUUGAGGAGGAAGGAAGCAAGCAGCAAGCAGCAGCAGCAGCAGCAGCAGCAGCUCAGAACGGUCGGGAGGUGUUUUUUUCUGCUCUGGGCAGCGCUAGGGUGUCUGUAUGCUGGCACUCGGUCUUGCUUGUAUUUGAGAAAGCUGGUUUGCCUGGGGGGCUGCCCCCCCCAGUGCCAGCCUCAGGGGGCCUGCCUCACCUAGGAGAGGGUGCAGAUAGAACUCGAACUCGCCCGCCCGGCAGCCCCUUCUGAGAUUAGCUGCUCUGCACCAACCCCCGGGACAGCAGGAAUUAUGCUCUUGAAGGAGUACCGGAUAUGCAUGCCUCUGACCGUGGACGAGUACAAGAUAGGACAACUAUAUAUGAUCAGCAAGCAUAGCCAUGAGCAGAGUGACCGUGGAGAAGGCGUGGAGGUUGUCCAGAAUGAGCCCUUUGAAGAUCCUAAUCAUGGUAAUGGGCAGUUCACAGAGAAGCGAGUGUAUCUCAACAGCAAAUUGCCUAGCUGGGCUAGAGCUGUUGUCCCCAAGAUAUUUUAUGUUACAGAGAAGGCUUGGAACUACUACCCUUACACAAUUACAGUGCUCAUUUUUGCCAAAAUUCUCCAUUCAUAUAGAAACCAAGUAUGAGGACAACAAAGGAAGCAACAAUAGCAUUUUUGACAGUGAAGCCAAAGAUGUAGAACGAGAAGUGUGUUUUAUUGAUAUUGCCUGUGAUGAAAUCCCUGAGCGCUACUAUAAGGAAUCUGAGGAUCCUAAACAUUUUAAAUCAGAGAAAACGGGAAGAGGACAGUUAAGGGAAGGCUGGAGAGAUAGUCACCAACCAAUCAUGUGCUCCUACAAACUGGUGACUGUGAAAUUCGAAGUCUGGGGACUUCAGACCAGAGUAGAACAAUUUGUACACAAGGUGGUCCGAGAUAUCCUUCUGAUUGGGCACAGACAGGCUUUUGCGUGGGUUGACGAGUGGUAUGAUAUGACAAUGGAUGAUGUUCGGGAAUACGAGAAAAAUAUGCAUGAACAAACCAACAUUAAAGUUUGCAAUCAGCACUCAUCUACUGUGGAUGACAUAAACAGCCUUGACAAAACAAGUACAUGACAAUGGAUGAAGUCCGAGAGUUUGAAAGAGCAACUCAGGAAGCCACCAACAAGAAAAUUGGAGUUUUCCCACCUUCAAUUUCUAUCUCCAGCAUUUCCCUACUGCCUUCUGCAAUCCGUACUGCUCCUUCUAGUGCUCCGUCUACACCUCUUUCCACAGAUGCUCCAGAAUUCUUGGCAGUUCCCAAAGAUCGACCUCGAAAAAAAUCUGCCCCAGAAACUCUCACUCUUCCAGACCCUGAAAAAAAAUCUACACUGGAUUUACCUGGUGUACAUUCUUCAGACAAGCCAUGUCAGCCCCAAGAGUAACAAUGAAUAAAAUUUCAUAGUUUUUUGUUAUGUUUUGUUUUUAGUUUUUUGGUGGGGUUUUAUUUUGGAUUGAUUUUGGUUUUUUUAGGAUUCUUCUGAUAGCGAAAAACUGCUUUGUUACUCAGACUUGUUCCUUCAGAUCUCUUAAUGAGCAUGCAUGUGAUUAUGUAAUUCCAUAUAUGAUCUGAAUUCCAAAGUACACCAUCCAACAUCUAUAGUACAUGUCAGGAAAUAGUCUGAUGAUAGAUUACAAAGGACAAAAGGAAUCUUCUGUUGUAAUAAUUAUAAGCCAGGAAAUAGACUCUGAUGUCAAUAUGUGAUUAAGUUGGUAAAGACUCCAAGGGUAAACAAAUGAAGACUCAGUGAAAAGGACAAAAGUCCAUUUUCUUUCCAUUAAACCCAAAUUUCUAAAACUAUAUAUAUUGAAUAGUCUCAGGCUUGACAUACUUAAUUGUUAAACUUUGAACUGAUUAUCACCAAUACUUGAACACCCAUAGUGAUUGUCCAGAUUCAUAUUUUGUUUAAUCUGACUCAGGAUUUGGGGCCCAAUUAACUCUUUAAACUUAAAAAAAAUAUAUUAACAUACCAAGGCUCCAAGUGCAAUUAUUGAUAACUGACUUUAUGGCCAUUAAUCCUAUUUAUACCUUGCACCGAAUUUGUAAUGGAAAAAGAUUCUACUUGUUUCUACCUUUUAAUAUCUUUCCCUUCUGCUCUCAUAUGGCCUCCAACUCUAGCUAUUGCAUGAAUGAGGGAACCCUUCACUGACUGCUUUGAUUUAGGAAUUAGAAGGCUCAGGUGAAAGAAACCUCUUCAUUCUCUAGUAUCUCCAUCCUCUAACUUUUGAACUCGUUAUCCACAGAAGAUGUUAAAGUUCUACAUUAGGAGAAUGAAACUAAUUUGAUUAUUGUGCCACUAGGAUUUUAUCCGAAGUGUAGAGGGUAAAUAAAGUAAUGUAUCAAUAACAUUGAUGCAAAGUCUUGUGGGAGAGUCCUCAAAAACAAAAACAAACAAACAAAAACCACCUUUUCUUUUUGAGGGGUAUUUUCUGCUUCCCAUGUUCUUUCUUUGUGGAUUUUGAUAUAGCCACCCCUUCCUGAGACCUCUUAUUUAUUCCCCCUCCCCACCUUAUAAAACUGUCAUUGUUGAUAUCUUUCCUUGAGGUCAUAAUGAAUGUUGUUGUCACUGGAGCCAAGUGAAUAACAAGAAGGAGGUGUUUUCUAUUAUUACUGCCAGGUAGAAAGGAUAGAUGGGUGGAAUCACUGACACACACCCCAUACACAUACUUGCAAAACUAAAGAGUAGAAUCAAAUCUGUAAAGUACUUAGCACAGUGCCUGGCACAUAGUAGGUGCUUAAUACAUACUCAAACACCACCCCCUUCCCUAGAAAUAAUAAUAAUAAAUGAGACUUUGCCAAAUUUUCCUUGAUUGAAACCAGGUGGGACUUGAAUCAGACAAAGGUGUAAGGGAGAUAAGAUCACUAAGGAGAGGUAGCAAGAUAAUUCUAAUAAAUCACUGGACCUAAUAUAUUUAAUUUCACACCUCACUGCCUUGAAACUCAGGAGAAAAAAAAAACAACAGAAUCUCAGAAUUUACAUUUGACCUCUAAAAGAGAGUGAUCCAACAGCUCCCUAGGCAACACCCCUACUAUGACCUUUUUAGCUCAGGAAAGGACCUUCCCCAAACAGGAUUUCCAAGACAAAAAGACAAAGAGAAGGUAUUGGCCUAUCUAAAGUCCAGGACCUCUUUCUUCCCCACUGUCACUUAUCAAUGAGUUAGUCUUUUGCUAAGUUAAAUCCUCAUAGUGUACAGAUAUUGCCACUAGACUAAACUAAUGUUAGGCUCAUUUCUAUAACUAUUGAUUGAAAGGAGGGAGAACAAAGUGUAUUAAACUCCAGACUUCAAAGAAUUAAACAGUUGUGAAUAGUUUUGAUCUCUGGAUCAUCUCUUCUCUGAGAAUGAUGGUGUUUGUAGUAAGGUAUCUUCCCAGCAUGGUACAAUCGCAUGAUGUUUGUUUGUACAAAGUCUUAUCUUUUUUAAAGCCCUGGAACUUCUGAAUAACCAGCUCAUGUAUCUUCUAGUCAAUUGUUAAAUUUACAAAAAUUUUCCAGUAAAUUUUCAUUUACACUUAAGAAAUUUGUCAAACACUACAAAUCAGGGCUUGGUUUAUCAUUUUGUUAUUUGUCCAGUCUUUAAAAAUAAUACAGAUUAAACUUAAAAGUAUGUCCCCAUACAUUUUCUUUUUUUUUAGACAGUUGAUUAUUAAAAUAUUUCCAGCACACCCUUUAUUAGGUAAAGUAAAUGUCUGAUUCUGAGGAGUAUAAUUUUAGAAAUGGGGAAAGCAAAAUCCACUGACAAGAUACUAAAAUGUUGAGUGUACUUGUUUACAAGCCAAAACAAGGGUUAGAGGUGAGAAGGAGUGAGAGAGGGCAGAAAUAAAUCAUUUGAUAUAGGUGAACAUGAAUUUAUUUCUUUUAUCUUGGUCACAACAUACCUAGAAUUGUGUUUUUUCCACCACUACCAUACUCACAUUUUGCAAACCAGCCUUUGCUCUCAAGGUCAACAAUCCUAUGUGCUUUAGGAAACUAUCUUUGGGUUUUCUUUUGUGAUUUUUAUUUCCUCCAUAGCCAGAAAUUAGUUGCAAAACUACCCUGCAAUAUGUUUUACACUGAGCUGACACAUUAAUGGUCUUCAAGUCUUUACAUUUUUUUUUUGUCUAGGAGUGGCACCUAUGUGUAAAAAAGGGGGAGAGGAAAUACAGGUAUUCCUUUGACUGCUUUGAAUAUAUAACACAAAUCAUUACCACAAGACAUAAAACAACUUCAAUAUUUUACACAUCUAAGUCUUAAAUGUGUCAUUUCACCAUCUCCAUAAAUGAAUUUGCUAUAGGAUUUUGCUAUAUGCUAUAGGAUUGUGUGAAAUAUAUAUACAUAUAUAUAUAUAAACAGUUGCAUUUCUCAUAAAGAUGAAAAUUAAAUGGCUAUAUAUUGGAAAUUUAGAAUGAAAAAAAAAAAGGCAGUAGCUUGAAUUCACUAAGCAUGUUUGGGGAAAAAUAGAAUUCUUUACUCAGUGCCUCUGUAUACAAUAUGGUAAUCCAGCUUUUUCACCAAAAUUGUAUGAUACAUGUAUAUAGAGAGAAUAUACCAAAUCCCACACUACAAGUUUUAAGUCACUAAUAGCUGAAUUAAAGUAAAAAGACCCACAAUUAGAGCAUGUACAUUUACCCUUUCUUCAUCCCUGAUGAUGAAGGUCAUGAAAAAUGUCAUUUAAUCUCCCUGCUUUGGGUCAUCACAGUAAGAACCUUAGACCUUAAAAUGUCCCAUCCACUGUAAGUAUGAGCAUCUUACUUCUCACCUUACUUUCCUGGGAAGUAUCUAUGUUUCUGUAGCUAUCUCCUCAGUCCCAAAUUAGCACCAAAUCUUGAUGCAUUUUCUUUCAUUUGGGCAAGAAGAACAUCUCUUUUCUAAUGAUCUCUGGAGAAAUGGAAAAAUGGUGAUGGAAAAGUGGCCUGUGAAAGAAAGCCAUUAGCCAUCACUAUGUCAUGACCAAACCAGUGAUGCAAUUUUGUGUACUUUUUGGUGAAUUGAUCUAUAAAAUCUUCUUUUAUGGUUUUGAAUCAGUUUAUGGGAAAAAAGAGUAGUUCACAUGUUCAAUUGGAAUAUUCAUGAGCUACAUUUCUUGUGAAAAAGCUUUCUACACAAUAUGAUUGUUGAAGUACAGGGCCGAUGUUCAAAAUCUUAACCAAUGCCUAAGAGAGAAUUCUGUGGUUUUCUUUCAAAAGAUUGCAAUAAUUGGUUAAUGACAUAAUUCAUUCAGAAACUCCCAGGAUUUUUUUUUCAGUUAAAUGUUUUACUGUUCUAAUAAAGGUCAGAUUAAACAAAGGAACCUCCAAUUUUCUUCAUCAUAGCCCAAAGUCAAUCAAAGGUUUAGGUCACUGGCAUAUUUGUUUGGUUAAAGAACCAGAUGCAAUUUGAAUCAACUCACAAAGCCCAUUAGAAAAGAAGAAUUACCAAAAAUGUUGAUUCAUUUUUAUCAUCUCCAAACUAGGUGGAGAAGAUGAUAUCAUGCCAUUUGAGACAGACUCUCUUUGAUUUAAAGGAAAAAUAGCUGUCCAGUGAUGGCAGCCUGAAAAGAAAGUAAAUUCUCUGCUGAACUAUUGCACAGUAACAAAGAAUUGGUUUGCUUCCCAAUUCUAUCAGGUCACUCCAUGCUAUGUUUAAAUAAAAAAAGUUUGCAUACAAGUCUAUGAGCUUUUAAGAAUUAAUGCAGUAAGAGAAAAUAAAUGUUAACUUCUCAGAUGCCAUUAUUAAAAUGUAAUUUUGCUGUUUAUGUUAACAGAUGCUUUAUGCUAAACUCGGAUGUUUUUGCUUUAAAUGAAAAGCAUGUUGGUUGAAUUAUGUCUCCAGUUUGUGUGUAUCCCAAAUAACAGAUUGGUUGCAUUUUUUUUAAAUACUGAUGACAGCUCUAUGUAAAUUCAAAUGUCCUGUAAUAUUUGUUGUUUAUAGUUUUUAUUUGGGAUUUUGAUCAAGUUAGUCAAUACUCUACUGCCACUGCUGAAGGACCAAGUUUAGAAAUGCACAGUAUUACAGAAUACAAAGCAGAGCAAACAAAUUUGACUCCCCCACCUAGGCCAUCCUUCUGUGUCAUCUUAUGACUGUUCUUGUGUUUUUCCCCCUAGUUAUUUAUUAUUGUUAAUAACUUACUUUUUCUUACAUUCUAUUGUAAAUAAACUACCAAGCAAUCUUCUUUA